GAUACUUGAAACUUUUGCCAGCUCGCGGUGAUCGACGUAAAGCAGCGACUCAAAGCCCGGAUGGAGCGGCCAUUGGGGAAGUGUACAGGGCUUCUCGGUAACGUAACUGAGGAGGGAUCUCUCUGGAAUAAAAAGACAAAGUAAAAAGCGACCGAGGACAGAAAUAUACAAGACUCGCAAGUUCAGUUUGGCCGUCACAAAACGUUGAUUUGAAAGUAUACCGGGACUUGAUUGCUUUCGGACAGAGAAUCCGAGGCGACAGACUUGAACUGUGGAAGUUGGGAUACGUGCACAACGGAAAAUACACAGCUGAGCUAGCGCAAGCUACCACUAGCCACAAGCUAAGCGGCAUAACUAGCCAGAUAGCUAACUAUAACUGAGCAGUGAACUUGCUCUCAGAACACGGGGCUUGAAAUCCAGUCACAAGCUCAGGCUCUGUGGGAAUCCAGGGACUUGCUUAAUGAAUUAUGUCUGCCACAAGCAUUGACCCUCAGAGAUCAAAGGGACAAGCAUCUAAAGUGCAAAAUGGUUCACUGCAUCAGAAGGAGACUGUCCACGACAAUGACUUUGAGCCAUACCUCAGUGGUCAGUCAACUCAGAACAACAGCUACCAGUCCAUCACUGACCCCUACCUGUCCAGCUACUACGCCCCCUCCAUUGGAUUUCCCUACCCCCUCAGCGAGGCCCCCUGGUCCACCGGUGGAGACCCUCCCAUUCCAUACCUCACUCCCUAUGGACCGUUGAGUAAUGGAGACCAUCACUUCAUGCCAGACACAGUGUUUGGCCAGCCGGGGGGCCUCGGCAGCAGCAUCUACCCUCACAGGUUUAACUUUUUCCCUGAAAAUCCUGCCUUCUCUGCCUGGGGCACCAGUGGCUCCCAGGGCCAGCAGACUCAAAGUUCAGCCUAUGGUGGCAGCUACAGCUAUCCUCCCAGCUCUUUGGGGGGCACCCUGGUGCCUGAUGGUCAGACGGGCUUUCACAGUGACACCCUUAACAAGGCGCCUGGUAUGAACAGCCUGGAGCAGGGUAUGGUCGGCUUGAAGAUUGGAGGGGAUGUCACUGGUCAGGGGUCAGGGGUCAAAGCUGUUGGUUCUGUGAUUGGUGGACCUGCAGUGGCAGCCACAGGAAAUGGGGCCACGCCUAUUGGCAUGCCUCCACCCAAACCCACUUCCUGGGCGGCCAUUGCCAGUAAGCCAGCCAAGCCCCAACAGCUGAAGGCCAAGGUGAAGCCAGGCAUGCCAACCCCGGGGGGAGCUCUGCCCCCACCACCGAUCAAACACAACAUAAACAUUGGCACCUGGGACAAGGGGCCGGUGACUAAAGUGGCCACAGCUCAACUGCAGCAACAGCAGCAGCAGCCCCUUGGCCUGCCCCAUGCCAUGCCACCUCAGCCUCCCAUGCAGCAAGGACCCAUGCAGCCUCCCCCUCCCCAGUCUUUGGUGCAGCCACAGAUGCAGCCUAUGGCCUUACAGCCCCAGCCCCCCCAUCACCAACACCACCAGCCACCACCGCAGCCCUAUCAGAACCACACUCAGCCCCCACCACCCCAGACCCGCUGGGUCGCCCCACGCAAUCGUAACCUAGGUUAUGGGCAGGGUGGCCCUGGCCUUGAGGGUAGUGGUGUGAUGAUGGUUGGUAGUGGGAACAAUGGCCCCCCAACUUCAUCCAGCCUGGGACCUGGUGGAGAAUCCCACCCAGUGCUGGAAAAGCUGCGCGCCGCCCAUAGCUACAACCCCAAGGAGUUUGAAUGGAAUCUGAAGAAUGGCCGUGUUUUCAUCAUUAAGAGCUACUCUGAGGAUGAUAUCCAUCGCUCCAUCAAGUACUCCAUCUGGUGCAGCACAGAACAUGGCAACAAGCGGCUGGACUCAGCCUUCCGGGCCAUGAACGGUAAAGGUCCUGUAUACCUGCUGUUCAGUGUCAAUGGCAGUGGUCAUUUCUGCGGCGUGGCAGAGAUGCGCUCACCAGUGGACUACGGCACCAGUGCUGGUGUAUGGGCGCAAGACAAGUGGAAGGGCAAGUUUGAUGUGGACUGGUUGUUUGUUAAGGACGUGCCUAAUAGCCAACUGCGCCACAUCCGCCUGGAGAACAAUGACAACAAGCCAGUGACCAACUCCCGCGACACCCAGGAGGUUCCUCUGGAAAAGGCCAAGCAGGUGCUCAAGAUCAUCGCCACCUACAAACACACCACCUCCAUCUUUGAUGACUUUUCCCACUACGAGAAGAGACAGGAAGAAGAGGAGGAGGUGCGUAAGACCUUUGAACCUGCUCCAAUACAGAACCGCUCUCGGUUGGAUCAGGAGCGCCAGAACAGGAAUAAACAAUAGAAGACAUUUAUCCUUGGCUUGAUCAACAGUUACACUAGGACUUGUGAUUUAAGAGACAGAAGAAUAUGAAAAUACAACCAAGCCCUUCUUUUGUUUUCUAUUUAAUCCUGGUGAAUCUCUGCCAUCGUUGAGACUUGUGCUUUUUUGCCCCAUGUACCACCCACCUCUUGUGCAGGGAUAACAAGCUGAUUUAAUGUAUUACCCUAGCCACCACCACACUUUAGUUAAGAUUUUUUUUCUUCCCGUUCUUACCAUCUCGUACUCUUCUCUCGUCAGACUGGGUUUCUCUCUCCUGCCCCUGCCCCCUCCUCUUUCCAAUUGAAUCAGGGUUUGACUGCACCAUGGAGAAAAAAAUCUGCCACUUUAUAUUCCAGUACAAUCAGGAACUGAUGUGUCCUGCCCCUAUUUGUCCAUUUGGGGGCAACAUUGCCAUACUUCAGAGGUUUAACUGUGCCAACAGUGUUGGAGGAUCCCAAAGGCAAUGUCAGACUUGGAACUGUGCGAUAAUAAAACUUCAAUGGUUUAUCUAUUUUUCAUUCAGAUCAACAAAAUCUCUAUUUUUUGGCUUACUACUGACAAUUUUCAUUUCAGAAACCUGUUUUCUGGAGCCUUAAUGUUUUGUUUUCUAGUUAUUGGUGACUUCUCAAAAGAACCGCUCUAACAGUGACAGUGCUGGAGAAAUCAGGGAUAGUGUGAAGUCACACGGGACUUGAGACAUUUCAGAGGAGGAAUUGCAAAGGCCUCUGGGAAGGAAAUAACUGAUGUGUCCUCCACAACCAGAACUCACCAUUUAAAUCAAAAAUUGUACUAUUGACAUCCUUCACACCCCUCUGCUUUGGUUUCUUUUCGAUGUUUGUCUUGAAGGGGUUUUUUGUAUGUUUCAUCAGGAGAUUCUGUUUGUGUACGCAAUCCAGUCUGAGAGAAUUGUCGCAUCCACCAUUUUAAAUUGUUUUAUAAUCAGACUUAUGUAAUAAUGUUACUGCUACGUUUGAGUGAAUUGUUGCUUUUGCGUUCUUGUUCCAAAAAACGGGGGGAGGGUUCACGUUUUUGUCCAUUCACCAUCAUUCUGUCUUAAUCCUUUGUUUUGUUUUGUUUUUUUUCCCCUCAAAUUUGGUUUUGCUAAGUCUAUCAUGUUGUUUGUAAUGCUAAGCUUUAACGUAGGAGCCUAUAGUCAUGGAGAAAGCCUAAAAAUGUAUAACCUAAAAUUAAUGUAACUGAUUUACUAUCAAGAGUAAGAAAAAAAACAAGAAUGAAAUGUGGUUUCUGUGUGUUUUUUGGUUGUUGUUGCGAAAAAAAUAGAUUGUUUGUCCUAGAUUGAAACCAUUGAUUAUGAUACAGUAAUUUCAGAUAUGUUAUGGAAUGGAAAGUGGCUGGGGAUUGGAGAUUAAAAAACACAAAGUCACUAAAUGAAGUGUGAGCCAAUGCAAGGAAACCUGCAAUAUCGUUAGUCCGUUGGACAUGUUAAAAUAUUAUACAUCCUGCAGCUUCAUUAUGAGGUGAGAGUGGCAAUGUUACAGUUUACGGUCCUUUAAAUGGCAGUGUCCCCUUGUUCUCGUGUCACUGAUUUCAGAACAUGCAAAGCCAGAAUGGAGAUUGAUUGUAGCACAUUCAAGACCAGCAGGUCGUCUCUCCUCAAUUAGUUGAAACUGUCACUUUGAUGUUUUGUGGAAUGCAAGAUAACAGUGAUGCAGAUAUGAAUAUUGCAAAUAGGCAUGGUUGUCUUCUACAUGCCGGGGGAUCAUUCCUAGAUUUUAAGUUUGUGUGUCUGUGUGAGAAAGUUCAAAUCCUGACAUAUAGCUUCAUGGUACCCAAAUCAAUUCAAAUCCCAAGUCACAAUUUUUUGAAAUAUUUGAAUUGAUGGAGAUGUAACAGUGAGUGACAGUUAAAACAUGUUCAGGUAAUGUGGUCUCAUUCACAUAAUUAGUAGUCUUAUCUUUUCAGAUUAUAUGUUUAUGGUUUAUAAUCUACCUUGAGUCUGUCAGAUCUAGCCGUAUACCCCCUAUAAUUUUGAGAUGGCAGAAGUACUGCACUUUGCUGAGGUCAGUCCAGUGUGAAUGUGUUAAACGACCUUUUUUUCCUGGAUAUUUGAAGCAUAUCUGCUUUGUAUUUUACCUGGCCAGUGUAUCCCUUGUAAUUGGAGAGCUGACCAUAAACCUCUAAAACAGGAUCCUGCCCUGUCCGUCUCCUCCCCUUUACCUGCGCUAAUUGAGAGCAUGGUUGGUCCAAGCAAUAUGGUGAAUGCCCUACGGAUAUUUUCCUUCACCAAUGCCGCUCUUUGCAACUAGUGCAGAUUAAGGGGGAGGCAAGAAGCUAAAGAUGCCACCGAAGACUGAGUCGCAGCCACAGUGGUCUUUGCCUCAGGAAGCAUGAACUGGUUGUGAUUAUAGUACAGGGCUUAACAUGCACGUUAAUGAUAACUGUCUGAAGAUGUUUGCUGCAAUAGAAAGACAUGUCAGGUUAGCCAAGAAAGUAUAUGUAUCAACACUACAAAAGGAGUAAUGACAUAAAAUAUUAAAGAUAAAUAAAAAAUUGAUUAUCUUAUAGACCACAAUUGUAGUGGCAUAACAAACCUGUAAUGGUUCAAAAGAUCUAUCUUGGUUUAUCUUUAUAGAAGAAAUCAAGCCUUAAUAAACUGUCCAUUCAGCAAUUA